AUGAAUAGUUUUAAUACUAUUGAUAGUCACGAUUUGAUUUCUUCAAAAGAAAAUAUUCAGCCUUUACGGAAAGGAAGAGAUACUACUAUCUUAUGUGCGGCUUUACAAGCUGAAACAGAUACUGAAUUGCAGCAGGAACUAGAAAGGCAAAGAAACGAAUAUGAAAUCAGGUUAAGAAACAGUUGUAGUGAAGACCCAUUAUCAGACUGGUGCAGUUAUAUAUACUGGAUUGAACAGAGUUUUCCAAAACAGGGUCGAGAAGGGAAACUACAUGUUGUUUUACAAAAAUGCCUAAACAAAUUCAAAGAUAAUGAGCAGUAUAUGAAUGACAUAAGAUUUGUUCGAUUAUGCAUUAAAUAUGCUGACCUGGAAGAUAAUACUGUCGAGUUAUUGAGUCAAAUACAUAGACAUGGUAUAGGUGUAUCUUGUGCGGAGCUUUACAUUGCAUGGGCUGAAAAGUAUGCUGUGGAUAACUGUUUUAAAAAAGCAAAUGCUGUAUAUGAAAGAGGAUUACAAUCAUCUGCACAACCUAUUGAUCUUCUGAAAGAUGCUUAUCAGAAUUUUCAAGCAUUUUUGGUUCGUAAAAUGUUAAAUGAAAGAGAAAUUUUUCAACCAACUGUAUUGGAAUCAGGUACUUCUGAAACUAGACAGCCUUAUAAUAUAUUGCAACCUAUAAAUGCUGGGAAAAAAGAAUUAGCUCCCAAUGUACGUAUUGGAUCUAAUGUUAUUGGAGCGGCUGGAAAAUUAGCGAAAGUAAAUCAAAAAGAUCCUAAAAUCAAAAAUAAUGCAGUUAUAAAAGUUUUUGAGGACGCUGAAGAGAGUUUUGUAUCAUCUGAACCAAAAGCUAAAUUAGAAAAAGUGCCCAGUAGAAAAAUAUUAACCAAGGAAAAUACUGUAAAACCGGGAACAUGGAAUAAUAAAAAAAAUAAAAACGCUCCUUUUACAGUGGAUGCUCCUCCUACUCUUCCUUUUCAAGUUCACAGGGAUGAAGAGACUGAAGAGUCAAAUCGAAAAAGUAAAACAGUUCCUUCUUCUGUAUUGAAAUCUCAUAAAGUUGUGAAGUCAACUUACGAGGAUGACAACUUCAAAAAUGCACCCUUGUUUUAUUUGGAACCAUUUGAUCCAAAUAAGUUACCAAUGUACUGUAAAGAACAGGUUUACGCUGGAGGAUUAGAAUUUCAAUUUGAAGAACUUCGUGCUAUUCAAUAUAGAAGAAAAAAACAAGAAGAACUUAGUUUAAAAACAGAAAAUAAUGGUGUAAAUCAGUUGACAUCACAACCCCUUGUACCCAACAAUUUGCCGCGCACUCCUUCUAAUAAUAACAAUCUGCGUGGCAAAUGUACAGCUGAUAAAAAGAGGAAAAAAUUAGGAGAACUUACUGAAGAAAAGGAACCGAUAAAACAUGAAAAUCAAAGAAAAUUUUUAAAUAACAAUCCUUUAAGUGCAGUUGUACCUGAAGAAAAUUUACCCAAUGUUGAUUAUUCAAUGAAUCAAACAAUUCACACGAAAGAAGCUUUAAGUGAGAUGCAACAACUAUGGUUUUCAAAACCUGCCUCGCCAGUCCCACUUAUUAGUAAACCUAAACCUGCAGCAAAGUCUAUUUUAAAACCUAGCAAGCCGUGUUUUAAUCUUUACGUGGACGAAUCAUGCUUAGUCACUCCAAAAACUUCAGACGAUGAUAAACCUUUAGAUUUAACACUUAAAUCGCAAGAUGCUGAUUGCAGUGAGAAAGAAAGUUCAAAUCAAAAAUUAUCAAAUGUUCCAAAUUCAAACAUUCCAACGAGUAAUUUGAUCGACAAAUUAGAAGAUGUUGAUAAGGAAAAUUGUUUUGUAAAUGAAAAUUUCUUGCCGGUAAAAACGAUAUGCGAAGGAGAGAGUGAUGAAGACAAGGAAAAUGGUGUGCCUCCUGAUUAUUGUGGUCCCGUAGGAAAAUCAAAUCGUAAAAUUGAAAUAAAUGAAGAUGACGAUGAAGAAGAAAUUGAAGGAGGAAUUCCAGCUCAAGAUUUAUCUUCAAUUAUUCAGUGUAAUACUACUGCCAUAACUGAAACUUGGAAUUUUACUAAAGGUUUUCAAUUUCCUCGCAAUGAAUCAACGCCCAACGUUAGAAAAUUAUCGCGAAACAAAAUUGAUUCGGAAGAUUCGAUUUUACUUCCCGCGCCGAAAAUUGACAAUGCCAAAGAACAAAACAACAAAGAGGAAUUUGAAUUAAACGAUCAAAGUGAAAAUUUAAAAAUUGGACUCGUGAAUGAUAACAAAAAACAUUCAGAUGGAGAAGUCGCAAAUAAAAACUUGAGCGUAAUUGUCGAAACUUCGAGGGAAUACAGAUCUAGCAGUUCUGCGAGCAGCGGUGCCAGCACCAUAGGUUUUCGAUCAUCUAAACAUUUCCCGUAUACUCCCUCGGAAACGAAAAAUUCAAAAAUCAAUUUAACGGGAUCUCACACAAAUCUUCAGAAAACUAAAGUUCAAAGCUAUACUACGGGUUACGAAGCUUCCAGUGAAUCCAGUCAAAUUGUUGCUAAAACUCCGAAAACCCAUAAAGACGAGAAAAAAAUGGAGUGCAUCGAAGUUAAAAUGUCGGAAAUUGAAAUUCAAGGGACGGAAAUAAGUACGAAAUCGGAGAUGAAAGAAACAAUAGAUCCAUUUUGCGAACAACUUAUUGAAAGACUGCUUCAAAAGGUUGAUUUUCCCAAGAGCAUACACACUCCUGGCUAUUUCCUUUUGCACGAUAUCGACUUGCCUAAUCUUAAAGUUGGCUCGUCUAUUACCCUGGGUGAGGGAAAAUCUUUUACCUACGACGUAAAAAAAAUUUUGGGAGAGGGAGCCUACGCAAAAAUUUAUAAACUUUUUAACGUAAUGACGGGAGAGUCAAUGAUUGCCAAAUAUCAAAAACCACCUUUUCCAUGGGAGUUUUACAUUGCGAGGGAAGUUAUUAGCAGAGUUCGAAAUGACAACAUGGUUUCUAUGUUUAUGAAUAUUGAUCAGGCUUACAUUUUUAAAAAUUGUAGCGUUUUGCUAAGCGUUCCCGUCGAGUACGGUGAUUUAUUAUCAGUUAUCAAUAAAAUUAAACAGGCAAAAAUGACUUGUCAGCUUUUAGCCAUGCAUUUCACGUGUCAGAUAUUAAAAAUAUUGGAAAUUUUACACUCGUGUAAAAUCAUUCACGCUGAUGUAAAACCCGAUAAUUUUUUACUACGAAAUAGUAAUGAUAAGCUUCAACUACAGUUGAUUGAUUUUGGGAGAAGUAUAGACAUGACUCUAUUUCCUGAAGAUACCACGUUUACAAGGGUUGUGACGACAGAAGGUUUCACGACAAUCGAAAUGAAAUCGGGUAAACCCUGGACAUAUCAAAUAGAUUUAUAUGGAGCUGCCAAUUGCGGUCAUUGUUUAUUAUUCGGUGACUACAUGAAAGUAAAUCAAAGAAAUGGAAUCUGGAGCAUUGGUAAAAUUAUUCCCAGGUAUUGGGCUAAAAAUGAAUGGCAAAAAUUUUUUAACGCACUACUAAACGUGGAAUCUUGUUCGAAACUUCCUGAUUUGUCAGAAAUAAGAAAAUCGUUUGAAAACGUAUUGGCUGGAAAUUCAGAAAUUGAAUUUAAUUUGUUUAAGUUGAAAAAUUUAUUAAACGAUCGUUGA